AUGGCACUAAAGAGUCUCACGUCAGAUGCAGCUGCUAUUGUGGAGUCGCUGCAAAAAUCUAAAACGGGUCUGCUGGAGAUCAGCGAGGACAAAACCAAAAUAAGACGAAAUCCGAACAAACCUCUUCCAGAGGACAAUGAGGAAUACAGGGAUGUGCUCAAACACAAAUCCGUCUACAUGAAAGGUUUUCCUCUUGAAACCACGCUGGAUGAGAUUAAAGAGUGGUUUGCAGAUAAAGGCACAGUCGAGAACAUCUACAUGAGGAAAGGAGCCCAGAAGACUUUCAAAGGAUCGAUCUUUGUGGUCUUAGAGUCUGAAGAAGCUGCCAAGGCUUUAGUGGAGCGCACUGAUGUCAAAGAGUACAAAGGGAACGAGAUGAUCGUCAUGAUGAAAGAGGCCUACUUUUCUAAAAAGUUUGCUGAGAGGAAGCAGAAUCGUGUGGAAGCAAAAGCUAAAGCAAAAGGCGAAAAGGAGGGCAAGCAGAAACAAGCUGAAGAAGAAGAGCUGAAAUCCCUGAAUGAUCAGAGAGGCUGCCUGCUGAAGUUCUCCGGUGAAUUGGGGCAGACCUCCAGAGAGGAUUUCCAUGCGGUCUUCUCAGAUCAUGCUCGGAUCAAAUGGAUUGAUUUCACCAGAGGAGCUAAAGAGGGCACAAUCCUGUUCCACUCAAAUGCCCAGGAGGCCCUGCAGAAGGUCCGUGAGGCUCUCGGAGGAGAGGAUCCCAAGGUUAAAGAGCAGGUUGUUCAGUGGGAGGUACUGGAGGGAGACGCAGAAAUGGAGACUCUGAAGAAAAUCAUCGAGGAUCAGCAGGAGUCCAUGAACAAACGUAAAGGAGGCAGAGGAGGUCACAGGGGUCGUGGAAGAGGCAGGGGAGGACGCAGAGACCGAGGAGGAAGAGAACCGACCCAGUUCAGGGGAAAGAAGACCAAGUUUGAAAGCGAUGAAGAGGGAGAUGAAGAACAAGCCAGUCCAAAGAAGAGACCUCUUGAGUCAAAUGGGCAAGAUAAUGAAGAGCCAGCUUGCAAACAAUUGAAAAGCGAGAACGGUUCUUAAGGGCAAAUAACUGUGGCCUUAUUUUUGUAUAGUAGAUGUUCCCUAAAAUCAAGAAACCUGAAAAAUGCUUUCUCGGACUACUUCCUGUGUCAAAAGCUUAAUGCCACACUUUUCCCCUAAACUGAAAAAGGCAUUUUUUUUCUUUGAACAAAACAUACUGGAUGCCUUGAUGUUUAUUUAUUUGCCAAACACACACUUAUGGUUGUUGGUAUGAUUUAAGAUCUCAUCUGCAACUCUAUAAAUGUGUCAUUGUCAAUCUAUUCAGCUUAAACCGUUAGCGCUUCUAUAACUAAUGACAUCUUUUUCCUUGUGUGCUGACAGUCUGCAGAAUCUGCAACGAUUGUGUUUUCAGCUGAUUAUCAGAUCUGACAGCAUUUGUUAAAUGCAUUACUCCAUUGUAGAAAUGUUUGAGACUUAUGACUAAAAAUUCAGGCACUGUCAAAACCUUAAUAAGUUCACUUAUAAGUAUUGGUCGGAGGUCAAUGCUGUUUUUUUUUUCCAUUAAGGAAAAUUAGUUUUCCACCUGCUAGAUUAUUCCAUAGCUUUUGUCGCUUGCACAAACGUAACAUAAGAUAAUAAGUGUGUUAUCCUUGUUUCUCAUUAUACGUUGCUGUAAAGUUGCUUUGAGUGGUUACAGAGGCAUUUAGAUCGGGAGGGUUUUCAUUUAAGAAGGAUUAGUUUUGAUUGAAUUUUUUUUAAAUCGUAUUUUCUUUAUCACAGCAACGGAAACAUCUCUUAAUGUAAAGUGCUGUUUUAGAUGCCAUGCUUCAGAUUUACCCAUUCAGGGCUUCAGCUAGCACUCAUUGUUGUUUUUCCUUUUGUUUUUUACUGUCUCUCAUCUGUUGAGAUUAAUAUUACACAAAUUUAGAAAUUCAAUAAAGGUCUUGAAAAUCCAAA